AUGACAACAAUGUUUUCAAAUCCGAAUCCGUAUCUACGUGCUAAUCGAUUAUCACGCUUCUUUCACAGUUGGCUCUCAGAAUUGCUCUCAAAAAGUCACCAACAACAAACACUUCAUCUAUCGGAUCUGUAUGAUCUAUUACCGCAUAUGGAAUCAACAAAACUUACUGAUCAAAUGGAAGCUAAUUGGCUCGACGAAUUGAACCGGUACAAACAAAAACAGAAACAACCGAGUCUCCUUCGUGCCACAUUACGUACAGUCGGAUGGAAACCACUUUUAGUUGGGCUUCUUCUCAUUCCUAUCGAACUUUCCAAAAUCGCUCAACCGAUUGUGCUUAUCUUUUUAAUGAAUUUCUUUGAGUCGUGUUCGACGAUGCCUAUUUGGGGCGCAUGGCUCCUCACUGCUGCAACCAUUCUAGCGUCUCUUUGUACCAGUCUUAUCUACAAUCCCUACUUCUAUUGGAUGCAAAUUUUUGGGCUAAAGAUGCGAGUUGCCUACAGUGGUCUUAUCUAUCGUAAACUGCUACGCCUAUCAAGCGAUUCCAUGAAUAAGAUAAGUCCUGGUAAAAUCACUAACUUAUUGUCAAAUGAUGCUAGUCAAAUCGAAUUAGUUCUACAGUUCAUUAAUAAUUUGUGGAUUGCUCCUCUUGAAAUAAUAAUUGUGAUUAUCAUUUUCUGGCAAUUCGUCAAGUAUAUUGCCUUUAUAGCGGUUGGCUAUACACUGCUGUUAUUAUCUAUUCAACUUGGUUUUGGACGCUUCUUUCUACAUUUAAGGCGUGAAAUCAUUCAAUAUGCGUUCUCUUUGGUACUUGAAUGCAUUCAAACAUUCUUCGCGAGUACUUAUACGGACGUGGCAUUUUUCAUUAUGUACACAGCAAUGUGGUCGCUCAACAUUCGAUUCAACACCCGGUUUUUUGCCAUAGCUGCUGGUUUACUUGGCUUCAUGCGGUUGUCUAUUAUCGAAUUCGUCUAUUAUGCCAUUCGCUACUUUGUAUUUUAUAUGGCUGCACAAAAACGAAUUCAAGCGUUCCUUUUACUCAGUGAAUCUGAACGCGACAAUCGAUUGAUGUCAAUAUGCGCUACCGAUCUCUUUACUCAACUCUAUGGCACAAAAGGAGAAGCUUUGCCAGAACCAGCGAAAGUUCCAAGUAAAGGACUGGGCCUGCAGUGUAAUUUGAAACGUGCAACAUGGAAAAAAGAUGAUUUUUUUCAACUACGAAAUAUUGCAUUUGAUGCUAAACCAGGUGAUUUAAUCUGUGUGAUUGGAGCAGUUGGAAGUGGAAAGAGCUCAUUUUUGCAAACGCUCUCAGGUGAAAUUCCUUAUUUCGAUGGAAAAGUUCGAUUGUACGGUUCAUUUUGCUACGUACCACAAGAACCAUGGAUCUUCUCCUCAAGUAUCUUGAAUAAUAUUCUUUUCGGCAAAGAAUACAAUCGACAUCUAUUCCAACGUGUCGUAUAUGCAGCUGCCCUGGAAUCGGAUUUAAACCAGUUACCGCAUGGGCGAAAUACGAUUGUUGGUGACCAAGGAUUCACCUUAUCUGGAGGACAAAAGGCACGGAUAAAUCUGGCACGAGCACUUUAUCGUGAUGCUGAUAUCUACUUGUUGGAUGAUCCUCUUUCAGCUUUAGACGCACAAGGUGAAACGAUAGAAAUGGGCACAUACAACAAGCUACUCGCCACAUCAACAUCUUUCAGUCGUUUAAUCGAUGAUAUACAUCAAAAUCAGGAAGAAAAGCAACAAGAAUUUAUUGCUCGAAGCAGACGACAAUCCAUGCUUGGUACACAAUCUUCGGAAAAAGAUGAAGAAGAAAUGUUGUCACCAGUGGAGAAUGAUGAACUAAUAAAAGAAGGCAGUGUUAAAUGGACUGUUUAUACUGAUUAUUUGCGGGCAGGCAUUGGACUUUUCCUUGGUUUUCUCCUUGCUAUAGGAGUUUUUUCAGCACAUCAAGGAGUGUCAAUUUUCAGUAAUUGGUGGCUAGCUAAAUGGAGUGAUGAAGAAACAUAUCGAUAUUAUACUUUCAACAACUGUACGACGAUGAACGCGAUGAAUAAUGAAAUCUUGAAUAUGACUGAUGCCGAAUGGAAUAAACACCGAAAUCAACGAUUCAUUAUCUAUUGUGCUAUUCUAUUCGUUGUGGCAUUGAUCACGUUAUUACGCGUUGUUGCUACAAAAUUUAUGUGUUUAAACGCUGGAAGAGUACUCCACGACAAAAUGUUGCAAAGAAUCAUUCGUUGUCCCAUAAAUUUUUUUGAUAUGAAUCCCCUUGGUCGAAUCUUCAAUCGUUUCACGAAAGAUGUAAUGAUCAUGGAUGAUUCUUUACCAUCUUACUUUUUCGAUUGCCUUCAAGGUUUUUUUCAAAUAUUGGGCACCGUAGCUCUUGUCGGAUGGUUGAAUCCGUGGUCUCUCAUUCCAACAGCAAUCGCAGCAGCUUGUUUACUAUUUGUUCGCUAUCGUUUUGCUCAGUGUUCUCGGGAUUUGAAGCGGCUUGAAGGUGUUACACGUAGUCCAGUUUAUUCUCAUUUGGUAUCGACAACAAAAGGACUAAAAAUAAUUCGAUCCUAUCAUGCUGAAUACUUGAGCUCUGAAAUCUUCUUCCACCAUCUCGAUGUUAACACCCGUGCUAACUAUUUACUUAUUACAGUUAAUCGUUGGUCUGCCUUUCGUUUCGAUUGGAUUGCACUCGGUUUUAUUGCAUUAGUCACCAUGUUGGCUGUGAUUCUACGCAUGACUCGGAAUAGCUUUUCAUCAGCAGACAUUGCCCUUACACUUUCAUAUAGUCUUAAUCUUAUGAGUCUUCUACAAUGGACUAUCAAGCAGUCAGUGAAUUUGGAGACUCAAAUGACAGCUGUUGAAAGGGUACUCGAAUAUUGUAAUCUCGAACAGGAACCACCUGCAGAGGUGCCAGUAGAUCAGCGUCCACCGUCAGAUUGGCCAAGACAUGGUCGCAUCGUGUUUGAUGAUGUUUCAAUGAGUCAAACAUUUGAUACAAAGGCACCGCUUAUUUUAAGUCAUCUUUCGUUCACCAUUGAGGCUGCUGAAAAGAUCGGCAUUGUUGGAAGAACAGGUGCUGGGAAAAGUUCACUUAUUCAAACACUUUUUCGUAUGAACACGUUGCUCGAUGGCGAAAUUAAAAUUGAUGAUAUCAAUAUAGCAACUAUUGGCUUGAACGAUUUGCGACGUCAAAUUUCGAUUAUUCCACAGAAUCCUUUUCUCUUCACUGGUACUAUGCGUAGUAAUCUCGAUCAAUUUGAUGAAUUCGCUGAUACUGAAAUAUGGGAUGCGCUUGAACAGGUACAAUUGAAAAAAUUCGUAGCGGAAAAUUUACAGGACGGGCUUCAUUCCAUAAUGACCGAGAGUGGAUCUAAUUUGAGCGUUGGCCAAAAGCAAUUGAUGUGUUUGGCACGUGCAAUACUUCGAAAGAGUAAAAUACUUCUUGUUGAUGAGGCCACUGCUAAUGUUGACAUGGCUACAGACAAGCUCAUACAAAUGGCCAUUCGUAGUAACUUCAAAGAUUGUACAGUACUCACAGUAGCACAUCGUCUACGUACUAUAAUCGACAGUGAUCGUGUUAUGGUACUUCAAAAUGGUAAAUUAUUGGAAUUCGACAGACCUUAUCAUCUAAUCCGCAAUCCUUACUCUCACUUCACUUCAUUGGUUGAGCAGACAGGAUCUGGCGAGGCAGAACAUCUUCGAAAAAUGGCAGAAAAUAGUUUCAGUGACGAUAUCGAAAUUGAAACAAAUGAUUCGGAUACAACCCAUUUGUGA